GAUCUUCCGUUUAUAAGAAGGCGUUUCUUUAGUUAAUGCGUAGCUACAAGAGCUGCAAUUUUAGUUUGACACACGAGGGGAUUAAUUGAAGUGUCCGCACGAAUGCUCAGCUCAGUUAACAUCUUAUUCUUGUGCAAUUUGAAUUCCUUGAAGAUAUUUAUAACCUUAAUUUAAAUACACUUAGAAGAUGGCUAACAAGGCAGAGUCCACUAUGAGCACUAGUGAGAGUGUGUCCCACAGCGUGCUGAGCUGGGACCAGGUGAGCCGUCUUAAUGAGGUCCUGACUGAGGUGGUGCCUGUCCAUGGCCGAGGGAACUUUCCCACUCUGGAGGUGCGGCUGAAGGACAUUGUGCAGAUGGUGCGCACCAGGCUGCAGCUAAGGGGGAUUAAAGUGAAAGACGUCCGUCUGAACGGCUCUACAGCCAGCCACGUGCUGGUGCAGGACAUUGGCUGGAGCUACAAGGACCUGGAUGUCAUUUUCAGGGUGGACCUGCCCCAGGAGUCAGGGUUCCAGCUGGUCAAAGAUGUGGUGCUAGGCACCCUGCUGGACUUCCUCCCUGAGGGGGUGAACAAGGAGAAGAUCACCCCCAUGACUCUGAAGGAGGCCUAUGUUCAGAAGCUGGUCAAGGUGUAUACAGAGCAGGACCGCUGGAGCCUCAUCUCCCUCUCCAACAACAACGGACGCAAUGUGGAGCUCAAAUUUGUGGACUCUAUCCGUCGGCAGUUUGAGUUCAGUGUGGACUCAUUCCAGAUCGUGCUGGACUCACUGCUCACCUACUAUAACUUUUCGCCGGGGAACCCCAUGUCUCGCCACUUCCACCCCACCGUGGUGGGCGAGAGCGUGUACGGGGACUUUGGCGCGUCUCUGGAUCACCUCAUGAACAAGCUGAUUGCCACCAAGCGGCCAGAGGAGAUCCGUGGUGGGGGCCUGCUGAAGUACUGCAACCUGCUGGUAAGGGACUUCCGGCCCACCUCGGAGGAGGAGUUCAAGGGCCUGGAGCGCUACAUGUGCUCCCGCUUCUUCAUCGACUUCCCCGACAUUGGCGAGCAGCAGCGAAAGCUGGAGGCCUACCUGCAGAGUCACUUUGUGGGCGAGGAGAAGAGCAAGUAUGACUACCUCAUGAUCCUGCGGCGUGUGGUCAACGAGAGCACGGUGUGUCUCAUGGGCCACGAGAGGCGGCAGACCCUCAACCUCAUCUCACUGACAGCCUUCAGGGUGCUGGCUGAGCAGAACGCCAUUCCCGACGCCUCUAGCGUCACUUGCUACUACCAGCCGGCGCCCUACGUCCGAGACCACAACUUUAGCAACUACUACGUGGCCUCUUGUAACCAGAACAUUCCAACAUGGCUGCCAUGUAACUGAAAGACACACGCACACAAGAGAAGACUGCUGCUUUGCUGGGAAAAAAGGAAAAAAAGAGAUAAAUAGGCUCCCCAUAAACACAAAUUGGGCCAUAACUGGGAUUUCCCUCUGGUCAUAAAGGAUCUAUUUAAAUGGACAAGUGGUUUUGUUUGUUUUUUUUGGACUCCCUUCUCCUUUCUCAUUACUUAUCUGCAGAGGUGUCAAGAUAAAUUGAUCCAAAGUGGUUUAAGUGUUUGGAUUCAUGUUAUUCAGCCUUGUUUUCAUAUUGCAAUGUUUUUGUUCCCCCCUUUUUUUCUCCCUAAUCUGAGUUUCGAAUUAACGUCCUGAUUCAAUGAAUUGUCCUUGGUGCCUUACUGUCUGUCUUCCCCUGAUAAGUAUAUUUGGUCCAUCUUAAUAGAAAGGGGGGAUUGUGUGUUUGGGUUGUGUAUUUAAGAAAUGUGAAAAGACUGGGGGUGCAGAAUGUUAAUUGUGUAGUGACUAAAAACGAGCAUAAAAAAAAAAGUGAAAUGAUUCCUGAGCUGACAUGGAUGUUUAGCUUCCUGAUGCGCAGUAGUGGUUUGCUCAUCAGGGUUUGGGGAUUUUCUAUUAGUGAGAUGACUUAAUCUUCAUUUCCUUAAGGCAUCCAAGGUAAAAGGGAGGCCAAGGAACUGCUCAUUUAGUUUUAAAUCAAAGGUGUAAAUUGGGAAAGUCAUAUUACUAGCACAGCAGUGUUCUCAAGCGGCCAGAGUGCCUGUGCCGUGUAGACUUUGUAAUUGUAUUUUCCACUGUGAAUGUUGGUGACAGCCUCCUAAAUCUGUUCAGCCCUUUCUUUUUCUUUUUUUUUAAGAACUUUAUUCAGUCAAGACUGGAUUUGAGUGUGUACUAUGUAGGGUGUAAAGUGGCUUCCUGUCCUUGUGUCCUCUCCUCCAUGCAACAGGUCAAAUGGAACUGUAGAAAGCCUAUCCAAACCUUUUGCCUGUUUGUGUUAAUGCUUGAAAGGAAACUAGGGGAGGACGCCAUGAAUGAGUAUUGACAAGCACCCCCAUACAGUGACUGUUGGGCCUUUAUUUGCCCACUGAUCUGGGCUAAUGUAUGUUGUGUGGCGUUACUAUUUUCUUUUAAACUUCUUCCAAAUUGUCAGUGUUCAUGGUCCACCUGGUGGGUUCUAUACUGUAGGCUCAUUCAGAAGGCAGGACAGGGCCUUCCUCUCUUCCUGGAAUCUAAUCUGAGAGGCAGGGAACUACUGUCCCGUUCCUUAAAAGGAGCCCCACUUGGCAGGGUCUGGAGCCCCUUGCGGGCUUCGCAAUGGCUGAAAUGGGAUCCCAGUCUGGUGCAGGCUACCCAAUAGCUUUAACAGCAGUUCAUAAUUAUUGUGGGAGGGUAAGGAAGAGGGUUGUGUGUGUCACUGCCCCUUUACAUGUGUGAGGGCUUACUCACUUUCCACUCCACUCUCCACCACCCUUUAAGGGUUUGCUGGGGGCAGGUGUGAACCGUUUUCUGGUCAUGGGAGGACAGGGGAACAUGGCUGCUUGCCUAGCACAUUCAACAAAAUGUAAAUGUCUGGAAUUCCGUUCUCAAUUUAGACCUCACGCUUUUUGAUUUUAUAUGGCAGAAGUUGUAGUCAGAUCUAUGACGGGCAUCCCAGUCCCCCUUCAAACUUUAAACCCCAUUUAGAAAUUGCCCCCCACUCCUACCAUCUCCCUUUCGACUGACCUCUCCAUUUUAAUUUCCAGUCCAGUAAGCCAACUGUUCUUUAAGUGUUUCUGUCCAACCAAACCCAGGGAAUAACUUCUGCAAACCUAAUGUGUGCAUUCAGAAAAGGGGUAGGAUGUGGUUCUGCCCUGUUCACAGGCAUGGGGGGGGGUGAUUUUUUUUUGGGGGGGGGUGGUCAGCCAGCAUGGUCUUCUCUAGAGCUGAUCAUACCCCUGGCUCAGGGCAUGUUGAGCUGGCUCAGCAGCCCAAAACGUAGACACUGCUUUUAACCUGGGUUAGCCUUAGCUUAGAUUUAGCCACCAUGUGGGCACAUUCAUUGUGGGGGCACAUUCAUUGUGGGGGCACAUUCAUUGUGGGGGCACAUUCAGUGUGGGGGCACAUUCAGUGUGGGCCAAAGUCUGAACCAGCAACUGAAGUGCCUUCAAAUUUUGGCAGGAUUUGUUGUUGGGAGAGGGGUGGGAGAGGGAAUUGGCUCAGUUUUAUUUUGUUCUUUUUUUGGGUGGGUGGGGGGCCAAAAAGUUUUAAUUUGCAUUGGGUAUAAAUGGUCAUUUAUUGGUUUAGACACUGGCAUUAAAUUACGUAUAUAGCCUUUUUAUUUUUUAUGUGAAGUUUAUUUUUCUUCCUAAACCCAACCCCAAAACAGCUGUAACUUAGCUGUCUAGUCAUUCCAGUAUUUCUUUGUCAUGCUGUAUGCAUUUUUUCCCCCUUCAUUUAUCCAAAGCAAUACUGACAGGUAAUGCAUGAUAACUGAGGUCAAAUGACUUGCACACCCCACUCUAUGGAAGCACUUUAGAGGCCUUUACUUACUCAACCCAGCUAGUGGAGCAUGUACCUGAACUUACGCUCUGAAGGAAUCUGAAUGUGGGAGGUGAGCUUGUUCUCAGGGAGGUAAAAUGUGUUGAAGGGCUGUUUCUAUACUUUUUAGGGGGUGGGGGGUGAACUUUCUGAACCUGUUUUGUAUUGUGCCCCCAUCUUGGCCACCAGAUUCCUAUAUUUGGUAUGACUCCCUCUAAUGUAUAUUGGAGAAUCUGUGUCUUUCUCUCUGUGCUGAGACCAUUUUUAAAAGCUUGUGGCAUUUGGAGCAGGUGGUCUUCAACCUUGGUUCUGUUUUUUUUUUCCAUUUUUUUUUUCACGGCAUUGCUUAAUUGAUUAACUUCAUCAUUCAGGUGGAAAGUCCCCUUGUCUCGCUUUAUUCAGGUGAGACGCCAUCUCUUCCCAGAUGUUUACCGCCAUGCAAAGUGAUGAAUCAAUUAAGCUUUGAGCCAGAACCAGCAGCCCAUUAGCGCUACACAACCAGGGCUGAAGACCUACUGAUAUUGACUGGGUGUAAAGCCUAUCUUUCCCUACCUGUCCCUUACCCUGCCUGACUGUGUUGGUUUGUGUCCUUUUCCAAAGAGCAAGUCAUAACUUUUUUGGAACAUGACUGAGGCCUUUGACCCACUUUACUAUUUUUGCAUUGAGUUUUGGAAUUUGCUGCAGGUGCGUUUAUACGUGGAUGUGGUUUAAGUGAAAGAUGAAAUUCUUGCUGUGUGUGAGGUCUUGCAUUCUCUGUCGGCUUUGACUGACUGCGAUGGUGAGGACGUUGAUUAUCAUAUUCAUUUCUCAGCACUUUUACCUCACUAGUUUUCCUUUUUGGAUCAAAUGUUUGAAGAGGGGAAAAAUAAAAAUAAAGUUUGAACCCCA